GGAAGACUGAACCCAAGCUAAGACAGCUUCCAAAACUCCAACUUUCUCUACCGGAGUGCUUUUUUCUCGACUAUACAUUAUUUUUGCCAGGUUGUCAGAUAUAAAGUUGCUAUCAUGAUGAAUACUGUCAAAUGUAUGAGGCCCAGAGUCUCCCAAUUCAGACCGUCGUCACUGCCAAGAGUAACACGUCCUUUCUCAGCAUCAGCAAAGCAGCAGUAUGAGCUUAUCCUCACAUCCGAGCCGCGCGCGGGCGUUGCACAAAUCACCCUCAACCGCCCCAAAGCUCUCAACGCCCUCUCCACCCCCCUCAUAACCGAACUCAACCACGCCCUCCGCGAGUUCCAAGCCUCCCCCUCCAUCCGCGCCAUCGUCCUCACCGGCUCCGAGCGCGCCUUCGCCGCCGGCGCAGACAUCAAGGAGAUGGCCCCCCUCACCUUCUCCAAGGCCUACACUGAGAAGUUCAUCGAGUCCUGGUCCGACCUGACCACCUUCCUCUCCAAGCCCCUCAUCACCGCCGUCUCCGGCCACGCCCUCGGCGGCGGCUGCGAGCUCGCUCUCAUGGGUGAUAUCCUCUACUGCACUGAGACUGCCAACUUUGGACAGCCUGAGAUCAAGCUCGGCACCAUUCCCGGGGCCGGUGGUAGCCAGCGUCUCACGGCUGCGGUGGGCAAGGCGAGGGCUAUGGAGCUGAUCCUCACGGGAAAGAGCUUCAGCGGGGUGGAGGCGGAGAAGUGGGGCGUGGCAGCUAGGAGCUUCAAGGACUACGAGGCGCUCGUCACGGCGGCGCUGGACACGGCCGAGACUAUUGCUGGGUACAGUAAGGUGGCUGUGCAGGCGGCUAAGGAGGUGGUGAACAAGAGCCAGGAUCUGACGCUGAGGGAUGGUAUUGAUUAUGAGAGGCGUGUAUUCCACAGCUUGUUUGGUAGCGAGGAUCAGAAGAUCGGGAUGAAGGCGUUUGCGGAGAAGGCGAAGGCGCAGUGGGUGGACCAGUAGAGGGGUGCUGGAGAGAUGUAUACUACUGUCCGGACGCUGCUGGAUCUGCAUGAAACCGUUUGUUAGCCAAUGAUGCAGCUACUGAUCUUGUGAGACUAUGUAUGAUGGUGUAGCCUAUAAAAGUGAGAAUCUGCGCCCAAUGCUGGCGUUACUAGUAGCACUAGCAAUAUCCAUAGAAUGAUGGACUAUAAAUACGGAGUCUGCGCUAAUGCCGAG